AAGAGCGUCAUCCGCAAUAAACGAUCUUUGGCUGAGAGACUUCGCCUGUCAAAGAACCGAAAAAGAACGCGCUCUAUUAUUAACAGCAUUUCUUCAUGAUGACGCCGGAAAACGAAAGCGGUUCUCCGACUCAAACUUUCCCUCCAAUCAGAUUUAAAGCUCUCGACUAUGUUUUCGAGACCAGCACCAGUCUGAAAGUGAUGAUGAACUUACUGGCGCUGCCGGCCCCGUACCUCACUGGGACCAGUGACCGGUACCCGCACAGGGGCCACUUACCCGAAGGCCCCUACAGGACCCCGUGGAUCAGAGGAAAGGUGAUCUCGACCUGCAAACUGUUUGUCAGUGGCUCUGUGCUCGAUGACCUGGGAGAGAAAAGCCAAGCAGACGUUUCACCAGAAAGGUUUCUGAGUGAGGCAAACGAGGACGUGGAGGCGAUAGCGAGCUCUGAUGCCGACUCACGGAAGGAUCCAGACCAGCAUGAGUGCGUCUGCUUCUUAAAAGAGACACGCAUCGACAAUCCGUGUCAGGAAUCAUUUUUGAAGUUGACAACUGACCAGAUGACACCUGGAGAUGCACACAAAGAUCUCCUCCUGCGAGAAGAGCUCCUGGUUGCCGAUUACCUGCCCCACUUCAGGAGACAUUUACCCACGCUGAGAGCUAAACUGUCCCGGCUGAGGUCGCUUCCUGUGGCCGACCCCCUGCUGAGCUCAACGGGAGACACCAUCUCUGAGGACGCCAUAUUCAGGCGCUGUGCAUCUUUUGAAAGACCUGCUGAUGAGCUCACCAUGGACCUUCGGACGUGUCCAAACGUUCUCGAGGAGUUUGGUAAAGAGCCAUUGAUGAAAGGAGAGUCUCUUUUACUGCCUGUUCUAGUGGACACGCUGAGUCUGAGCCAUGAAAACUGCACCGCCUUUUCCAGCAUUUGUGGUCCAAUUAUUGCUGCUCCCGAGCAGCUGGAAGAGCAACUUCCAGUCCUGGAUCUGCUUCAUAAAGCUUUCCUCUCCGAUGGAUCCACGUCAGUUGACGUUUCCCCCUAUGAAGCAGCGGAGGAGCCCGACGAGAAAGGCCACACGAAGGGAGACUUGAUGGAGCCGGCGGGACGUGUGAUGCUUCCAACUGAAAUGGAGCUGGACGUGACCUUGACGCCGAGUCUCAAGACAAGUCCGACCCGAAUGCGCCCGUCCUUGGGCGACCUUCAGAGGGAGGCGGUGUCAGUGACCGGCGCCGGGUCUUUGGUGUCAGCCAGAGCUCAGGGAGAGAUGGAGACGGCCCUCUGGAAGGCGGAGAAGCACCCGACCUUCAUGGUGGGCUUCCUGUUCGCAGAGCCCGAAACAAACGAACCAGCGGUCGACCUGCAGCCGCUGUCUGAAGCCUGGAAAGCCAUGAAGUCAGAGGAUCGAAGCUCCGGACUGCGGGAGAUGGAGGAUGGAGCCCCGUCGGUGCAUUUGUGCAGCGUCGGAGACUUCACAGAGAGCAUGAGCCCCGACCGCCCCCCCACCACAGAGGAAGAGAUGGAGGACUUUACGAAGCUGCACCCCGAGCACGAGGACGGCGCAUCGGCCCCGAUGUCGCCUGACUCGAGGGAAUGUGACGGCGGUGCUUUUCAUGUUGAAACUACUGCCGGCGACAUCCGGCCCCAAAACCAACCCGCUGCCGAUGGGGCUCGCGCCGCCUCCCCGGUGCACGCGGUCAUCACAAGCAACAAGGAAGUGAAACCUUCAACGUUUCCUCAAGUCGAUGCCGCCACCAGCUCCAGAGAUGAGGGUCCCAGCGGGAGGUCUUUAGAAGGUGCGGGCGUGUUUUCUGCCCGUAAGAGCGACAGAAGCGCGGGCCGACACGACUAUGACGCGGCGUCCAGCGGAGAACGUCAGAGAUGGCUGCCGGGUACGAAACGUCCACUGGAGGAGACCCUGGACCCUCUGGCCUCCUUCAUGAUGCUGAGAUCUCAGCAGGUGGCUCGGCUGACUGAAGCACCUGAGACCUCGACUUCCGCACCAAACGUCGAGCAGCAAAAAACACCAUCGGAGCAUCAUCAGCCUCCCACGGCGCAGAUUCAAAGAUCAGAUCAGAGGCCGACGUAUAUGAGCAGCGCCGUGUCAGCUAAUGCUACCAGAGAGCAGAAUGCGGCUGAUCAGACGGGACAAAUCAGUCGGUCCAUCCAUCAGAACGGACAGGACAGCAGAGUGGUAGAAGUCCGAGCUACGGUCAGCCAGCAGCGCGCCCACGGCGAGCUGCUGGCCUUCGCUCAGCCUCGCUUGAGCUCUGCCGGGCAGCUGGGGCUCAACUUCGCCGCGCGAGGAGACUUCAGCUGCCUGACCCCGGACCAAACGCACUUCCUCCUCAAGCAGCAGGAGCGGGCGCUCCGCGGGACGCGCGCGCAAAGCACAGAGCUGCUCGGAGAGCUGUUCAAACAGGCGGCUCUGAUUCACGUGCUGGUGACGUUUAAGGAGAUGCUGCUGAAGUGUGACCUCGGCGCUGCACUGGAGUACCUGACCAAGGCCGCUGAGGCGCGUGCGGAGCAGAGUCUGGAGCAGCUGCUGAAGAGGCUGCGGAUCAUCCUCUACCUCAGUCAGCAGAACCAGGAGUCCAACCUCAAACUGCUGGAGCUGCAGAAGCUGCUGGCCGAAUGGCUGCACCGCAGGACAGGGCAGAACGCCGUGGAGAAAAUGCUGGUCAUAAUAUCCGUCGACUCUGACCACAUCAGAUCUUUAAUCAUCAGCAGCCUGAGCCACGUGGCCGGUGCUGCUGUAACAGCCGUUCGUCCUGAGGAGAACAAGAGAAAACUGAAUGGCGCCAGUGUGGUUAGCAGCGCGUGCGACAGUGUGUGCGUGGUGGUGUACGAGCAGCACGUCGGGCCCGACUUCCCCUGGAGCAGCUUCUCCGUGGUGGUGGAGUACGACCACCCGGGUCAGUCGCCGUGGGCCGCGGUCUGCAGAGAGAGGAGCAUCGGUCACCUCGUCUUCCACACCGUCAUCGCCGAGCCUGAUAAGCCGAAAGCCUGGAGGCUCCUGGAGGACGACGUGCCAUAUGUGCUGUUGGUCACAGAGGGGCUUCUCGACUGCCCCCUGCUGCUGCAGACUCUGGAAUCCGGGUUUGAUAUGACGGUGCUGGAGAGGAGCCACAGCCCGUCCCUGCAGAUGCUCGGAGGGACUCAUCACUACGCUGUGAUCACCGUGGAUGAAAGCACCGCCAUCAUCAUCCAGGAGGAGGAGGAAUUGUGCCAGGAGCGAGCCAGUGAGAGAGUAGUGAUGAGGCUGACCGCUCUCUCUCUGCAAUACAACUACUGUUGGCUCAUCCUGCACUGCAGAGAGAACCACGGAGGAGGGUUUUCCACCGAAGCCUUCAGCAACUUGGUGUUAGUUUAUUCGUCUCUGGUGCUGUUCAGCAUGAAGACUGAGGAUCUAGACGUCAAGGUGCUGAUUGUAUCUGAGGUGACUGAAAUGGCCAAAUGGAUCAGCCAGAUCUGCUUCCACAGCCUGAUGGCCGGGGAGAAGGACCCUCGCACCUACCUGGACAGAGACUGGCUGACUGUGAUUCCUUCAGAGGAGGAAAGGCGCCUGGUUCAGUUCCCGUGUAUCAACCCUCUGGUCGGUCAGCUGAUGCUGAGGAGAGCGCCGUCGGUCCAGUGGCUCCUGGGGGCCUCUCUGUCCCAGCUGAUGGAGCUGCUCCCCGAGGUGCCGCAUAAAGUCCUCAAGCUGUUUAGUGACACCACCUCGCUGUACACCGGGACCGCGAACCAGCCCGAGUCUCUGACAGGCUUCACCGAGACAAACCAACAGACCCACGGCCCCCUCUGCAGCCCCUGGACCCCCACCGCUGGCCCAGAGUUUGUGAACUCUGACCCCCGGCAAGAGGCCCCCGUCAGCCCCCAUCCAGAACUAUUCAGUAGUGACCACGACACCGGCGUCCUGUUCAGAGGCGAUCACAGCUUCAGGGACCCGGACCCGGCGAUGCGGGCGGGCGACCCGGCCUUCAGACUCGACCUGAGUUCCUCCUUCGGCGUCCCGGUUGUUCCCGUCCAGAGCAGCUGGACCGCCAGCGACCCGUGGAGAGAGCAGGCGCCGUUUUCCGGCUGGCGCGGCAAAGCGGGAGCGGCGGGGAGAGUCGUGGCGAGAGCCGGCGGCGAGUGGACCCAGAGAGCUCCGUCAGAUGUCUGCGGGCCUUUCGAGCAGAACCCCACGUACGAUCGCGGCGGUCGGAGCUACGCUUCCUCCCAGGUCUUCGGUGACCUCCGGCGUCCGGACGGCCACCCCGUUUCCUGCGGUCUGAGCCCUCCGACCCGGGUCGCGCUGUGGGGGCUGGGCCCAAACUGCGGCGAGCGCCUGGCGAGUAGCGGGGAGGCGGCGGCUUCGGCUAACUACGGCUCCAAAUGCUGGAUGGGACGAGAGAGGAAGAGGAGCGGCGAGGCGGCCGGUUUGGAUGGAACAGCGUUGACACCGCUGAAGAAGCGGAGGAUUCGCUAUGAGAUUGUGCCCGGCAGAUGUGAUGGACAGACGAGGCUGAAAUUAUUUUAGGCACCAAUGCUUUGUAGCUGAGGCUGGUCUGCAUAGAAAAGAAAGAUUUGUUAUAUUCAAGUAUUAUUCAAGCUUUUUAUUCAUGUUAUACGUAUUAUUCUGCAUGGUUAGUCUGCAGAACCGUUUCUCGUGCGAGUUUUUGUUAUAGUACUUAUUAUGUUAGUCGUUCUGAGACUUUAUGCUUGAAUGUUGCCCCAUAAAUGUUAUAUGUGAUUUAUUUAAUCAAACCUACAACACUAGUUUAAAAUUUUAGACAUCAUUUAAAUGUCUUUUAUUGUUAAGCAUUCAGGAUUCUGGUGUAUAAACAGAUAAUUAACGCAAAUAUAACAAUAUAUUAUAUUAAAUAUUAUAAAAUACAUCACAUGGGUAGAAUUUUUAAAAAUACUGCACAUGUAUAAACAAUUGAAACAGCCUCCAACUGAUAUUUUACUUACUGUUUAUUAUAUGUUUAUAUGCUGCUUGUAAGCAAUAAAAAAGGGCGUCGUUCGCCAUUUUUGUUUUCACAAAAUAAGAUCACAACCGUGCUUAUUUAGGUUUUCCCCCACACACACACUGUGCUCAGUAGUGAAAAACAAAUUGGGAUUUAUGGUUGGAGGAGUGGGAUCGAGGGUCUUUGCCAGCAAAACUGAUAACGCCUCUCAUUUCAGCAGCUCCAAUGGUCGGGCCAUUUUCCUUCUCUUCUCUUUUUUUUUUCAUUUAGUGAAGCAAUCCCCUUAUCAUCGUCUCUCAGCAUGUGGAGAGAGUGCUUAUCUUCACGAGCCAGCAGAGUGAAGCCGGUUCCCCGAGGAACGAUCCCCAGACAAAGACGACCCCCGAGGGACAUCGACUCCAGGCCUCCCUGCCUCUGGACAGCCGCAUCCAGCACUGGCUGGCCACCAUCAAUAACCCGCCAGGUUUUUUGGGGGCCUUUUUUCUCACAUCUCUCUCUCUCUCUCUCUCUCUCUCCCUCUUCCUCACCCUGGCCUCUGCCUUCGAACAAGCAGUGGACAAACAAAAGACGCUAACUAAAUGGAUUGUUUUUUUGUUUUCUUAACGGCGCUGGGACAAAGGGGCGUGGGGCGGGAUGGCCAGAGGAGUCCCCCCCCCUGUGCGAAGGCUCGGUAAACAGCAGCAGUAAUGGCGGAGUAAUUGCCCUCUGACUAUCCUUACAGCCCCGACCUGAAUGGGUACAGGGGAGAUGUUGUGUGAAUUAACAGGCUGUUUAAACCGAAGCCGUCCUUUAGGUUUGGAUUCUGCGCCGACUGCGGCUGUAAAGGUCACACAGCUGUGGUUAUCUUUAAUCACAGGCAGCAGUUAACUGUCACCUGUGUGUUUCCUCUCCUCCUAAAUAAAACCCCAAAACGGGCCCCUGCGGAAGGAGGGGGAAUUAAGACCGAACCCGUUAUUCUGUCGCAGCGACAACUUUGAAACCAUCCACACAUUUUAUUCCAGUAAACACCCGACUUGAUGAGACUGCCUUCAUGAAGCAUCCCGCCGGGUCUCCCGCAGCGCGCCAAGCGCGUCCGAAUGCCGCGCUGGAGUUUAGUCCACCAGCUCGUAAACGCUCAUUCUGCCCACAGACCCAAGCGGCACGGACAGAAGACGCUGCAACGGCUCCCGGCUUUGCCGCUGUGGUGGAAGUUAACUGAGCGGUCAGAGCCCACAGCGAGUGUGCGUCUGCAGACCUCCAGCCCGCGGAGCGCCGGCCUGCAGGUGCAGCCCCAUGGACGUGCAGCGCGGGGGCCCAUGAAUGGGCGCCGUUCUCCAGGCCCGGGGGCUUAAUCCCGGCCCCUAAUCGGAUUAUGUAAAUUCCUACUCCACACAGAGACUUUUAUGGAAGGCUGCGUCUUUGAAACAACACUUGAAGGGUGUAAAAGGAACAGUGACAAUUGGUUAAACUAGACUUUUUUUUUUUUUUGGUUAUCUGGUUGAAAGUGGGAGGCAUUGGGGGGGGGGUUGGAUAGAGGUGAGUCAGGAGGCUGUAAUUUAUGUGUGGCCCCUUGGAAUGGCUCAACAAGAUUACCAUAGUCAUUACAAAACACAUAUUGUUCAACUGUCAAUCUGGAUGUGGUAUUUUUACC